AUGUCCAUAAAUCAGUUAUGCAAUGACCCAGACGAAGAAGUAAAAGAGGCAGCUGCUGUAUUAGAAAAUAUGAAACAAACUUCCACUCACACAUCAUCUCCUCACGAAGCAACAUUAGCAAAUCCAAACGGUGAAGGAUUUAUGUCGCGAUUAAUGAAUGCAUAUGAACAGGGUAAAGCAACAUCCCCUUUCAUAAAAUUUACUAGUGAAAUGGUUGAAUCAUCAGUCUCUAGAAUUUCUGAAAAAAUUCCUGUUGGAGCAGGUGCGACCGCGGGUGCGGCGGGAGCCGUUGUGAGCGAAGAAGCCAUGAAGAGUUUACAAUAUUGUCUUCAAUGGUUAAACUACGCGGCACAACAUAUAGAUCAUCAAAUUGCGGUUUUACGAGACUUUAUCGUUCAACUUACAACUCCUUCAUCAAGUGGAAGUGUCAUAACUUCUCCUACAUCAACGCUGGCCUCAAUUAAAAGAGAAGUAGUUGAUACUCUUAGGAAAGUGAUUGAGGUAGUAUCUAAAUAUGCUAGUAGUUGUCUACCCGAUCAUGCUAAAUCUAGAGUUCGAAGUUUCAUUUUAAAUUUACCAACUCGUUGGGCAUCUAUAAAUCAUAUUGAUACUUCACUUUCGCCACGUUCAUCGCCUCAUUUGGGUCCUACUCAUGACCCAAAUCAUCAAACCGCCGAUUAUGCCCGUCGAUUAUUGAGUUUGGCCACAGAAUCCCUUGGUAUGCUUAGAAAUGUUGGUGAUAUAUUUGGUGACACCGUGGAUCGUGCUGAAGCUUGGAUAUAUCGUUUAAGAGUACUUGGUGUGAGAGGUAAUGCUAUUGAUCACACCGCGGCUUCUCAAUUUGAACAACCAAUUGGUUGGUCUACCUCAACUUCAUUACCUCAACAACAACAAAAUGGUUCCAUACCUAAUGGUGGUGGUUACGCUUCUCCUUAUGGUCAACCUACUUCACAACAUGCUUCUUCAUCCCCUUCUUCUACCGGUUCACGCUCUCGUCGAUCGUCUAGCUCUAAUCGGAUGAAUAAUCAUGCGUCUCGAAAGCAUAUCCGUCCAACAAUUUUUCAAAAUAAUGAUGAAGAUGAAGAUAUUGAUACCGAUUCUUCAACCGAUUCGGAUGUGGAAGAAGAUAAACGAAUGGAAGAUAAUCGUUCACAUCGUUCUCCAAAAUCUUCAAAUGUUACGAAAUCAGCAUUGCAACAUAAUGGAUCGAUUAGUGCAAGGAAGAGAAAGAAGGCAGUGAAAAAGGAUGAAAAUGAUAAAAUGGAUCUUUCAUAA